AAACAUAUUUGAAAUGCAAGACUCAAAAUUAAAUAUCAUCAUUAUCCCACCAAGAUCAUAUUAACAACAUUCAAGCGAAAUGAUAAUGAAAUUGCUCCUCCUCAUUUUCUGUUCCUUCUUAACAGCAUUUUUAAUCAUCUUCCCUAAAUCAUGCCUGCAGGCUGCCGAAAUCGAAAAUCUGCAGGACACUUGUCCUACUGAUCAUAUGCAAUCCGUCUUCAUAAAUGGUUUGCCUUGCAAGAAUCCAGCUACUGUCACAGCUUCUGACUUCAAGUCCUCCUUGCUGAAUGAAAAGGGAAAACUAGACGAUGUUUUCCGCUCGAGCACGAAUUUAGUUACCGCCUCUGAAUUUCCAGGCCUCAACACACUUGGUUUAUCAACUGCGAGGACUGAUUUGGAGGUGGAUGGCAUGGUACCGCCGCAUUCUCAUCCAAGAUCCUCCGAGAUGAUCUUUGUAGGCGCCGGCAUCGUGAAUGUCGGUUUUGUCGAUACAAACAACAAAUUGUUCCAACAGGUUCUUAGGCCAGGAGAUGUGUUCGUGUUCCCAAAAGGGCUUCUACAUUAUUGUCUGAACAAUGGUUUUGAGGAUGCUACAAUUUAUUCAGUUCUGAAUAGCCAGAAUCCGGGAAUUGUCAGCAUUUUAGGCUCCAGAUUUGCACCUUCUGAUGAUCGUCAUCGUGAAUUGAUGCAAAAGAUAAAAGAAAGAUUAGUAUCAUUUUCGAAAUUGGAUGCUGAACGUUUGGACAAUGUCACUUUGUUCUAAGGUUGUGUGUUUGUACUGGUAAUUAUUGGCUUGAUAAAUCUUUUAACUUUAACGCAUAUACUCAAAAUAAUCCUUCCAACUUUUUUUUUUAAUUUUUAAAAAGAAUCAUAUGGGCAAUGUUGCAUUUCUCCAAACACAAAUUUCAAAAGAGUGAUAAUCGGGUCAUGUUUUUAGUUUUGUAAGGUUUAUUGGCGACAACUUCAUGUCAUAUUCUGUUUGAGGUAAAAGUAAAACAGAUACUCCCUCCAUCCCAUAAUUAUUGUCCACUUUUACUAAAAUGAAAGAUUUUAUUUUAUGUCAAAUUUAACUAUAUUUUAUCUUAAACAACCGGAUA